UAUGUUUUUUAACAAGAUAAGUUUGUUGCCUGUUAUCUAGUGUUUCACACUGGUUCCAUUGAAUAGGGUAAUGAAUUUGAAACUCUGUUUCAGUGGUCAUAAUUUCAUCUGCAAUGGAUUUUUGCACAAAGGUGGGGAAAAUAUACCCAAUGUCUUUAGGAGGAUGUCACUUUUAUGUACUUAAUUUUAAUUAUUACAUAUUGGCAUCUUGACAAAAUUACUGGUAGCUGGGGACAGUAAUCUGGAUGGGACAGUUUUAGGUGUGAAACAUACAGGAGUGACACCAAGCUUUACAGAUGAGAAAACACAGAAAUUCAUCUGUAAGAUAUAGUGGCAGUAGAAUGAACAGAAGGCAAGGAUACUAAUACUUUACUGCAUAUAGCUGUUCAGAAACAAGGGGGUUGGAUACACAGAAGCAUAUUGAUUAACAUAAGGCUACUUUAUAUUCACUUCUGUGUGCAUGCCAUACUGCAUAUGUGCUCAUUUGGACAGGUCAGACACCGUCUGGACCACAACUGCUAACAAGAUAAGCCUAUGGUACUAGCUAUGCUUAAUGGUUAUAAAUUUAUGAAUACUUAAAACAUGCAAGCACACCUUUUGAUAAUUUGAGGGUGCUAAGUGGGGGAUUUAAAGAGCUAUUAUUAUUCUAUAAAUAUCAUUGUAGUACAGUCAGGAAAUAGAAGAAGCCAUGAAAUACACUGAGUAACCGAAGCAGAGGUUAAAAUUAAAAUGGUGCCUGUUAAGGAGCUGCAGUUGCCAGGUUACUGACACUGCUGUUUUUUGUGUGUAUGCGACACAAUGCUCAGAUUUUUUCUCCUGCAUCCUUUAGUAACUGCAUUAUUCUCUGAACAUCAAGGUUUAGUUCCUUCAUCUGUCAAGUAGAGUGAUUUGAUUCUACAACCUCAGCAAUAUUUUGCAUUUUUGGGAGAAACAAGAUAUUGGAAUGAACACGGAAAUUCUUAAGUGGUAUACAAAAAAUGAUACCUAUGCUAAGGCAAAAAUGUCACAGGUUAAACAAGUGGGACUUCUAGCUGCUGGAUGCCAGCCAUGGAACAAGGAUGUAUGUGCUGCUAGUGGGGACAGAUUUGCCUACUGUGCUACUCUGGCUAUUUAUGUUUAUCAGCUUGAUCAUCGAUAUAAUGAAUUCAAGCUUCAAGCAAUUAUGUCUGAGCACAAGAAGACAAUCACAGCCAUAUCUUGGUGCCCCCACAAUCCUGACAUGUUUGCAAGUGCCAGUGCAGAUAGUUUAGUCAUCAUUUGGAAUGUCACUGAACAGAAAGUUGUGGCCAAGCUGGACAAUACAAAAGGAAUUCCUGCGUCACUUAGCUGGUGCUGGAAUGCCAGUGAUGCAGUUGCAUUUGUGUCCCACAGAGGUCCCUUGUACAUCUGGACGAUCUCAGGACCUGACAGUGGGGUAACUGUACACAGAGAAGCACAUAGUUUUUUGUCAGAUAUCAGUCUAUUUAGAUGGCAUCCAAAGAAAAAAGGAAAAGUAGUAUUUGGACAUACUGAUGGAAGCCUCUCUAUUUUUCAGCCAGGCUCUAAAAGUCAGAAACAUGUCUUAAGACCAGAGUCUCUUGAAGGAACAGAUGAAGAGGAUCCAAUUACAGCACUGGAGUGGGACCCUUUGUCAACUGACUACCUUCUUGUUGCUAAUUUACAUAAUGGUAUUCGAUUAGUUGAUUCUGAGUCUCUGUCUUGCAUCACAACUUUUAAUUUUCCCAGUGCUGCAGCAUCUGUUCAGUGUUUAGCCUGGGUUUCCAGUGCACCUGGAAUGUUUGUAACUGGAGAUUCUCAGGUUGGUGUGUUACGUGUUUGGAAUGUUUCACGUACAACACCUAUAGAUAAUUUUAAAUUGAAGAAAACUGGUUUCCAUGGUUUGCAUGUGCUAAGUUCUCCUCCAAAGAAAAAGUCAUGUUCAUCACAGUAUCCUACUAAAAAUCACCAUACGUCUUCAACAAGUGAGGCUGUUCCUCCUCCAACUUUAACCCAAAACCAAGCAUUUUCUCUUCCUCCUGGUCAUGCUGUCUGUUGCUUCAUGGAUGGUGGAGUGGGGCUGUAUGACAUGGGAGCCAAAAAGUGGGAUUUCCUUAGAGAUUUGGGACAUGUUGAGACCAUCUUUGAUUGCAAAUUCAAACCCGAUAACCCUGAUCUUCUUGCUACAGCUUCAUUUGAUGGCACAAUAAAAGUUUGGGACAUAAAUACUUUAACAGCAGUUUACACAUCUCCUGGUAAUGAGGGGGUUAUUUAUUCCCUUUCUUGGGCUCCAGGAGAUCUGAACUGCAUAGCAGGUGCAACUUCCAGAAAUGGUGCUUUCAUUUGGGAUGUCAGAAAAGGCAAAAUGAUAACCAGAUUCAAUGAGCAUGGAAAGAAUGGAAUCUUCUGCAUUGCCUGGAGUCAUAAAGAUUCCAAAAGAAUAGCAACCUGCAGCAGUGAUGGAUUUUGUAUUAUUCGAACCAUCGAUGGCAAGGUCCUUCACAAGUACAAACAUCCAGCUGCAGUGUUUGGAUGUGACUGGAGUCAAAAUAACAAAGACAUGAUAGCUACUGGUUGUGAGGAUAAAAAUGUUCGUGUUUACUACUUGGCAACGAGCUCUGAUCAGCCAUUGAAAGUUUUUUCAGGGCAUACUGCAAAGGUAUUUCAUGUACGGUGGUCUCCUCUGAGAGAAGGAAUCCUCUGCAGUGGCUCUGAUGAUGGUACUGUUCGGAUAUGGGAUUAUACACAGGAUGCUUGUAUAAACAUUCUUAGUGGACAUACAGCUCCAGUGCGGGGACUGAUGUGGAAUCCUGAAAUUCCUUACCUUCUAAUAUCUGGCAGUUGGGACUACACAAUUCGAGCCUGGGACACAAGAGAUGGAACAUGUUUGGACACAGUUUAUGAUCAUGGUGCAGAUGUAUAUGGACUAACAUGUCAUCCUAGUCGUCCAUUUACUAUGGCAUCUUGUUCUCGUGACUCCACUGUGAGACUCUGGUCAUUGGCACCUCUUGUAAACCCUCUACAAAUAAGUAUCUUAGCUGACAGAUGUUGGGAUGAGAUUAUUGGUAAUACAGAUCGUGCUAUAGAAUCUGGUGCUCCUCCUUUGCUGUGUGGUAAAGUUUCGAAGGACAUUAAACAAGAAGUGGAAAAACUGACAGGAAAUCCUCGAGGGAAAAAACUCUGCUGGUUUUCAGAAUGUUUUUCACCUCCAGGAGGCAGCAAAAAUUUAUGGGAUUUGGUUGCUGUAAUAAAUGGACAGGAUGACAGUUUGCUUCCACAAAAUUACUCCAAAGGAAUUAUGCAUAUGAAACAUCUCAUUAGAUUUAGAAUGUCAAAGGCACAAGAACUGACAACAGUAAAAAUGUCCAAGUUUGGAGGUGGUAUUGGAGCACCGAGCAAAGAGGAAAGGCUCAAAGAAGCUGCAGAAAUACAUUUAAGAUUAGGACAAAUUCAGCGAUAUUGUGAACUAAUGGUAGAACUUGGAGAGUGGGACAAAGCUCUCUCAGUAGCACCUGGUGUAUCAAUGAAAUACUGGAGGAAGUUAAUGCAAAGGAGAGCUGAUCAAUUAAUUGAGGAAGAAAAUGAUGAUGUCAUCCCAUACUGUAUAGCUAUUGGAGAUGUGAAAAAGCUAGUUUCUUUCUUUACUUCAAGAGGACAGCUUAAAGAUGCUCUUCUUAUUGCACAGGCAGCUUGUGAGGGAAAUAUACAGAUGUCAUCACUCUCCACAACAAGUGGAUCUUCAAAUUCUGGUGGAAACAAUACAGAUUGUUAUAACGAACUCCUACAUGAGGUCAGCAAAGAUCUAGCAGAAUGGUAUUUCCAGGAUGGCCAUGCAGUGCUUGCAGCAUGUUGCCAUCUGGCUGUUGAAAAUAUAGAGCUUGCGAUGGCAAACCUGAUUCGUGGAAAUGAACUGGAGUUGGCAAUCAGUGUGGGUACUGUCUUAGGAGAAAGUGCAGCACAAGCAACACAUUAUGCCCUAGAAUUGCUAGCAAGAAAGUGUAUGACAGUAACAACAUGCCUUCCAUCACUUGGAUACAGGGAUUUAGCAGCUGAUCUUCUUAUGAUGAUUCCUGAUAAUAAACUGCAGUUAGUAAAACUGUGUGCUUUUUAUCCUGGAUGCUUAGCAGAAAUAAAUGACCUGCAUGAAAAGUGUAAUCUUCCUAAUGUAGAGGAAUGCAUGCGAUUGGCUGAGACAACUCAGGCAGAUGGGGAUAUAUUUGAAACUGUGAAGUACUAUCUGUUGAGCACAGAACCUGAAAGGGCUCUUCCGAUUGGCAUUCAGUAUGUGAAAGAACAACUUUGUGGCUCAGACUGGACUUUAGAUUCAGUGUGUCCUUACCUUGAUCUUCUAAGUUACAUACGCACCGAGAGACUUGUGUUGCAUAAAUGUAGCGAAUUUCGGAAUGAGCUGUUGAUUUUGUGUGGUUACAUUGGAGCUUUACUUGCUAUCAGAAGACAGUACAACAGCAUUGUACCUGCACUUUAUGAGUAUACAAGUCAGCUUUUAAAAAGACGGGAAGUAUCCGUACCUUUGAAGAUAGAACAGCUUUCUGAGGAACUAGAUGCAUGGAGAGCUUGUACUCAAUUAAACAAGCCCACUGAUGACUUGCCGUGCACUCCACCAUCUGAGUCACAAAGAACAGUGUAUUCAGUACUCAUAUCUCGAAUACAAGAGGAGCCUCUGAAAGGAAUGGUUGGGCCAGAUUAUGUCACUGGAUCAAAUCUUCCUAGUCAUUCAGAUGUUCACAUCUCUUGUUUGACAGGGCUAAGGAUACAGGGUCCAGUGUUCUUCCUUGAAGAUGGAAAAUCUGCUGUUUCACUGAAUGAUGCUUUGAUGUGGGCCAAAGUGAAUCCUUUCUCACCACUAGGAACAGGAAUACGACUUAAUCCAUUUUGAUGAGGUGUUUCAUUCUGUAAAUGGUAGCGCAUAAAAUAACACUCUGGAGGUUAAUAUUGGUUAACUUUGAUUGUCAAACAGCAGAAAGAUGGCAGUUGAUUCCUCCUGAAGGGCAAUUAUUUAGACUUUGAAAAUUGCAAAAUGAGAACAAGAAAAGGAUUUCUGCCCAAAUGUUUGUUGAUAAUCCAAAGAAAACGUUAUUUGAGAAUCCAAAGAAAAUAAAAGUCUUAACUUCAGAGACAGCCAUGUUCUUUUUUAAAUAAGAAUAGCAUUGUCAAACAAUGUAGAUGUAUUUGUCAGCUCUGUGUAGAUGCCUUGCGAAGGAAACAACUAUCUGAACAUUAUCAAAAUAUGGAUAACAAACUGUGAAAUCCAUAAACACACUUUCAAAUACUUAGUAACAGAAGGACUUUAUUGAUAACCACUGUAACCUGUUUUUAGAAUGACUGGAAUCCUGCAGCUGUUUCACGUGUUGUGUCCCCCUUUUUAAUUGUAACAAAGUUUUACACACAGGAUUCUAUAGCAAAAGAAAAAUUUUAAAAGUGCUUAGAUCAUUAUUUUUUUGUCCAUUAGUCAUCAUACUUAAAACCAGUACAAAGGCAUUUAUUAAUGCUUUGGUUAGAUAGGUAGAUGAUAAAAUUCUGUUUUCUUCUAAGUUUAUUUUUGGCAACUUUUUACUUUCACUGGAAGCUAAAAUCUAUUUAUAAAAUGUUUGAGGUUAAAAAAAAACCAACAACAACAAAGAGUUUGUAAGGAACAAACAGCAAAUGUAUUAAAAUUAUUUAAAUGCAUUGUGUACACUUUAAAUACUUGUUUUAUUUUUACACCUUUUUUUAGUUAUAAAAUACACAUACAGUAUGACAGACCAGAAGUAAAUACAUUUGCAUAUAUUUUUAUUUAUUAAAGUUGUGCUCAAAUGGAAAGAGAAGUAUAGCAAUAGAAUACUAAGAAUAUUUACAUCUGAAAGCUGUGUGUAUUAUGGAAUUUAAUCAUAAGGCAAAUCUUACUAAAAAUUCCUAUCAGAAUUACUCAUCUAUAGAGAAGUAAUUGAUGGCACACAAGCAGAAGUCUUCUUUAUCUAUUGUUACAUUUUUGCUGUUAUUUAAAAAUAAAUUUUACAACCCAAAUAGUUACAUAAAAUAUAAAGAAAUUCUAAUUAACAAUUGGCAGAACUGUUUCCAGAGAAAUUGUUCUGAAACUGAAAGUAACACAACAUCUCUUACCAGACUCUGUGGAACAAAAUCCCCCAUGUAUGGGUAAUAUGCCUUCAUUUAACAAGAGGUAACAAUGCCACCAUGCCAGAGAGGUGGAAUGGAGAUUAAAUAUUUUUUUAAAUCCCAUGGUUUGUGUUUUAUUGGUUGGGUUUUUUGUUGUUUUUUUUUUAAAGUUAGAAUUUCAUUCUGCCAGUAUUAUUACUGGCAGAGUAUUAUUACUGUGUAUUAUUACAAGGUUUCUGGUGCAGGAAUAUAUUGGAGGUUUAAGGUAAACAGGUAUAUAACCUGCACAAAAAAAGAUGUGUACAUACUUUGAUGCUGGAAAAGAGUGUUUUCCUUUGUACAUUUAUUGUUUGGAACAUGUUUUCCUUUGUUUAACCCUGUGGAGCUUGGGGAGUAAGAGCUGGAUUUGAGAAAUAAAUUCGUAGUUUUUGAAAGAA